CGCUGUGCACAGUAGAGUGAAGGCCUGAAAGCCGAAAGUGACGAACCAAUGAAAAACACAGCAAAUAAACAGAGCACAUGAAACCAAAAACUCCUCCAAAGCACAGAAAAAAGCACUCAACUUUCCGCUGUCUCUCGGAAUUAUUAGGGUUCUUCUUCUUGCUUCCUGUUGCUUUUUAAUGACCUUUUCCACCCAAAUUCAAUGCAUUUUCCUCUCGAUUUCCACAAGAUCCACAACCUCAGAAAAUCGCCGCCUCUGAGAUCUCAUAUUCAUUUCACUAGUACUUCUCCUCCUCCUCCUCCUAUAUAUGCCAUGUUUGGUUGUUGAUUUCAAACCCCACACAAUGUUUCAGAUCGCUGUUUGUUUUCUUCCUUUGAUUUGGUUUCAAAGCGUUCGACUUCGAGAUCCGAUCUUACGAUAAAUCUUCAUUCAGCAUCGGGAAUUCCAAAUUUGUGCUUUGAUUUCGAGUUUCUGCUGAGGAAUCGAAGCGAAUAUGUAUAUGCGAAUGCCUUUCGUGCUUCAAUUUUCUCGUUUUUCAUUGAAAUUUCAGUUUUCGUGACCAAUCUGAUCGAUUUUAGGCCUCUACACACUCAUGGUUCAGAAACAUUCUCUUCAAAAAUUACUUAGACAGUGAUGGGUUGUGCUUGUUAAGUGUGUAGAUUUGUUCUAAAGCUAUACUUACUAGUGCUAUUUUGUGGGUUUAUUAUUACAAGUGUUUUUGAGUUUGAAGAAAUGAUCACAAUGUCCUGCAAGGAUGGUAAGGGAGUGAUGGAUAAUGGGAAAUAUGUUCGAUACACACCUGAGCAGGUUGAAGCCCUUGAGAGGGUUUAUCACGAAUGCCCCAAACCCAGUUCAAAUCGCCGCCAACAGCUCAUUAGAGAAUGCCCUAUUCUGUCCAACAUUGAGCCCAGACAAAUCAAAGUUUGGUUUCAAAACAGAAGAUGCAGAGAGAAACAGAGGAAAGAGUCUUCGCGGCUUCAAUCCGUGAAUAGGAAGCUGACGGCUAUGAACAAGCUUUUGAUGGAAGAGAACGAUAGGCUGCAGAAACAAGUGUCACACCUGGUGUAUGAAAAUGGCUACUUCCGCCAACAUACUCAGAAUACGACACUUGUAACUAAAGAUGGAAGUUGUGAGUCGGUGGUGACGAGUGGUCAACAACACUUGGCGCCUCAGCAUCCGCCAAAGGAUGCUAGUCCUGCAGGGCUUUUGUCCAUUGCAGAAGAGACUUUAACAGAGUUUCUUUCAAAGGCCACUGGAACUGCUGUUGAGUGGGUCCAAAUGCCUGGAAUGAAGCCUGGUCCGGAUUCUAUUGGAAUCGUUGCUAUUUCUCAUGGUUGCACUGGUGUGGCAGUACGAGCAUGUGGCCUGGUCGGUUUAGAGCCCACAAGGGUUGCAGAAAUCCUGAAGGAUCGGCCUUCGUGGUUUCGCGACUGCCGAGCUGUGGAUGUGCUGAAUGUGAUCCCUACCACUAAUGGUGGGACCAUUGAGCUACUUUACAUGCAGCUAUAUGCGCCAACGACUUUGGCACCUGCUCGUGACUUCUGGUUGUUACGCUAUACUUCUGUUAUGGAUGAUGGAAAUCUUGUGGUAUGUGAAAGAUCACUUAGCAACACACAGAAUGGUCCAAGCAUGCCACCAGUGCAGAAUUUUGUGAGAGCUGAAAUGCUUCCUAGUGGGUAUCUGAUUAGAUCUUGUGAAGGGGGUGGCUCAAUCAUCCACAUUGUUGAUCAUAUGAAUUUGGAGGCGUGGAGUGUUCCUGAAGUAUUGCGUCCACUGUAUGAAUCAUCAACUGUGCUUGCUCAGAAGACAACAAUGAUGGCUCUACGCCAAUUAAGGCAGAUAGCUCAGGAGGUUUCUCAGUCUAAUGUCACCAACUGGAGCAGAAGGCCUGCAGCUCUACGAGCACUUAGCCAGAGGUUGAGCAGGGGUUUCAAUGAGGCUCUCAAUGGUUUUACUGAUGAGGGGUGGUCUAUGAUGGAAAAUGAUGGCAUGGAUGAUGUUAGCAUCCUUGUUAACUCUUCACCUGACAAAUUGAUGGGCUUAAAUCUGACCUUUUCUAAUGGAUUUCCAGCCGUCAGCAAUGCAGUCUUGUGUGCAAAAGCGUCAAUGCUUUUGCAGGAUUUAAUUAAUGAUGGAAGCAUCUUAAAUGUGCCCCCUGCAAUACUUCUUAGGUUCUUGCGGGAGCACAGGUCAGAAUGGGCAGACAGCAGUAUUGAUGCUUACUCAGCUGCAGCUGUCAAAGUUGGUCCCUGUAUCUUACCAAGGGCUCGAGCUGGAAGUUUUGGGGGCCAAGUAAUUCUUCCACUAGCUCAUACUAUUGAGCAUGAAGAGUUAUUGGAGGUCAUUAAGUUGGAAGGUGUUGGCCAUUAUCCUGAAGAUGCAAUAAUGCCUAGAGACAUGUUUCUCUUGCAACUAUGCAGUGGCAUGGAUGAGAAUGCUGUUGGCACCUGUGCUGAACUCAUAUUUGCUCCUAUUGAUGCCUCAUUUGCUGAUGAUGCACCUCUUUUGCCUUCUGGUUUUCGCAUCAUUCCUCUUGAUUCUGGAAAGGAAGCCUCUAGUCCAAAUCGCACCCUUGAUCUUGCUUCUGCUCUUGAGAUUGGACCAGCUGGAAAUAAAGAAUCUAAUGAUUGUGCUGGUAUUAGUGGAAGUACAAGAUCUGUGAUGACAAUAGCAUUUGAAUUUGUGUUCGAAAGCCACAUGCAAGAAAAUGUAGCAUCAAUGGCCCGACAGUACGUCCGUAGCAUUAUAUCAUCUGUUCAGAGGGUGGCGUUAGCACUCUCUCCAUCUCAUCCGAAUUCCCAUGGUGGUCUUCGGCUUCCUUUGGGUACUCCUGAAGCAAAUACACUUUCCCAGUGGAUCUGCCACAGUUACAGAUGCUACUUGGGAGUAGAGCUACUCAAGUCUGGCAUUGAAGGAAGUGAGUCCACCCUUAAAACACUCUGGCACCACUCAGAUGCUAUUAUGUGCUGCUCGUUAAAGGCAUUGCCCGUUUUCACCUUUGCAAACCAGGCCGGCCUCGACAUGCUUGAGACAACCUUGGUUGCCCUUCAAGACAUAACUUUGGAAAAAAUACUCGAUGAUCAUGGAAGAAAAACUCUGUCCUCCGAGUUUCCACAAAUUAUGCAACAGGGUUUUGCUUGUCUUCAAGGAGGCAUAUGUUUGUCAAGCAUGGGAAGGCCAGUUUCUUACGAGAGAGCUGUGGCUUGGAAAGUGUUGAAUGAAGAAGAAAGUGUGCAUUGCAUGUGUUUCAUGUUCAUGAAUUGGUCAUUUGUUUAAUGGUCAGGACUAAGAUGUACAACUCUUAAUACUGCUCUCUUUCCUUCUGUGUGUGUUGUGUGUUUGUUUUAGGUUUUUUUUCUUGCUCAUUUUGGUGUGGUACCUGGGGGAACUGAUAGGGACCCAUUGCAUGUUGGUCGUCCUUUUGCAAUCUUUGUGCAUUGAAUCUGAUUCCAUGCUUUUGUUGCAAUGCUGUACCUAUCUAUACACACCCAAUUCAGUCACUCUUGGCACUUUUUAAUUAAUGGCUGUAAUAUUGGAAGAAAUAUUUAGUAAGGUCGACCUUUAUAGAACACAAUGGUUUGCUCUU